UGGAUGACUGCCGGGUGUGAGCGAGCGUGCGGGUGUGUGUGAGUGUGUGUAUGUGUGUGUGUGUGUGUGUGUGUGUGUGCGCGCGCGCGCACUCGAGGUGCGCGCGCGCGGGGCCUGCCCAUUUUCCUCCUCGCAGCAGUCAGUUGGGAGCUGGAGUGAGAGAGAGGGAGACGCCGGCAGCUAGCUCCGGGAGAGGAGUCGUGCGCCCUCCGCUUAGGGCGCCUUUCCUGGGUCCGAGCACUGACGGGUCGCUGGGAGCAUCUCGGUGCUACCCGGACUGCUAGGGCGCAUCGCACGAUCCCUCCCGGCUCUUCGGUGGCUCGGCGGGGAUAGCACCUGGGGGCGGCCCCAGACGGGGAUGGUCAGCGGCUGCAGCCGUCUGGCACGCGAGCGGGACACUGUGAGGGCACCAUGGCGCUGAAGCUCCAGCGCGGGUCCUCUUUGGGGUUGAGCCGACCGGAGCUGUGGUUGCUGCUGUGGGCAGCCGCGUGGCGCCUGGGGGCCACGGCGUGCCCCGCCCUCUGCACCUGCACCGGCACCACCGUGGACUGCCAUGGCACUGGGUUACAAGCCAUCCCCAAGAACAUCCCACGGAACACCGAGCGCUUGGAGCUCAAUGGCAACAAUAUCACUCGGAUCCAUAAGAAUGACUUCGCUGGGCUCAAACAGCUUCGAGUGCUGCAGCUGAUGGAGAACCAAAUUGGAGCCGUGGAACGCGGAGCUUUUGAUGACAUGAAGGAGUUGGAGCGGCUACGAUUGAACCGCAACCAGCUGCACGUGCUGCCUGAACUACUGUUCCAGAACAACCAAGCUCUAUCUCGACUGGACCUGAGUGAGAAUGUCCUCCAGGCUGUGCCCAGGAAGGCUUUCCGGGGAGCCACAGACCUCAAAAAUCUACAGCUGGACAAGAACCAGAUCAGCUGUAUCGAGGAAGGGGCCUUCCGUGCCCUGCGGGGACUAGAGGUUCUGACACUGAACAACAACAACAUCACCACCAUCCCCGUGUCCAGUUUCAACCACAUGCCCAAGCUUCGGACCUUCCGACUGCACUCCAACCACCUGUUCUGUGACUGUCACCUGGCCUGGCUCUCGCAGUGGCUGAGGCAGAGGCCCACCAUCGGGCUCUUCACCCAGUGCUCCGGGCCCGCCAGCCUUCGGGGCCUCAACGUGGCAGAAGUGCAGAAGAGCGAGUUCAGCUGCUCAGGCCAGGGGGAGGCCACACGAGUACCCACCUGCACCCUCUCUUCCGGCUCCUGCCCAGCCAUGUGCACCUGCAGCAGUGGCAUUGUGGAUUGCCGUGGCAAAGGCCUCACCGCCAUCCCUGCUAACCUGCCUGAGACCAUGACGGAGAUCCGCCUGGAGCUGAAUGGUAUCAAAUCCAUCCCGCCAGGAGCCUUCUCCCCCUACAGAAAGCUGCGCCGGAUAGACCUGAGCAACAACCAGAUUGCUGAGAUCGCGCCCGAUGCCUUCCAGGGCCUCCGCUCCUUGAAUUCCCUGGUCCUCUAUGGCAACAAGAUCACAGACCUGCCCCGCGGUGUGUUUGGAGGCCUGUACACCCUCCAGCUGCUGCUUUUGAAUGCCAACAAGAUCAACUGCAUCCGGCCCGACGCCUUCCAAGACCUGCAGAACCUCUCUCUGCUCUCCCUGUAUGACAACAAGAUCCAGAGUCUUGCCAAGGGGACCUUCACCUCCCUGCGGGCCAUCCAGACACUGCAUCUGGCCCAGAACCCUUUCAUCUGUGACUGUAACCUCAAGUGGCUGGCAGACUUCUUACGUACCAACCCCAUUGAGACGAGCGGGGCCCGCUGUGCCAGCCCCCGGCGCCUCGCCAACAAGCGCAUUGGGCAGAUCAAAAGCAAGAAGUUCCGCUGCUCAGCCAAAGAGCAGUACUUCAUUCCAGGGACGGAGGAUUACCACCUGAACAGCGAGUGCACCAGUGAUGUGGCCUGUCCCCACAAGUGCCGUUGUGAGGCCAGUGUGGUGGAAUGCUCCAGCCUGAAGCUCUCCAAGAUCCCUGAGCGCAUCCCCCAGUCCACGGCUGAGCUACGAUUGAACAACAAUGAGAUUUCUAUCCUAGAGGCCACUGGGCUGUUUAAGAAACUCUCGCAUCUGAAGAAAAUUAACCUGAGCAACAACAAGGUGUCAGAAAUCGAAGACGGGACGUUCGAGGGUGCGUCCUCUGUCAGUGAGCUGCACUUGACCGCCAACCAGCUGGAGUCCAUCAGGAGCGGCAUGUUCCGUGGUCUAGAUGGCUUGCGGACCCUGAUGCUGAGGAACAACCAUAUCAGCUGCAUCCACAACGACAGCUUCACGGGGCUUCGCAACGUGCGGCUCCUGUCCCUUUACGACAACCACAUCACCACCAUCUCCCCCGGAGCCUUUGACACCCUUCAGGCCCUGUCCACACUAAACCUCCUGGCCAACCCGUUCAACUGCAACUGCCAGCUAGCCUGGCUGGGUGACUGGCUCCGGAAGAGGAAGAUCGUGACAGGGAACCCACGCUGCCAGAACCCGGACUUUCUGCGGCAGAUUCCCCUGCAGGAUGUGGCCUUCCCCGACUUCAGGUGUGAGGAAGGCCAGGAGGAGGUGGGAUGCCUGCCCCGCCCACAGUGCCCCCAGGAGUGCGCCUGCCUGGACACCGUGGUCCGGUGCAGCAACAAGCAUCUCCAGGCUUUGCCCAAGGGCAUCCCCAAGAACGUCACAGAACUCUAUUUGGAUGGGAACCAGUUCACAUUGGUUCCGGGACAGCUGUCUACCUUCAAGUAUCUGCAGCUUGUGGACCUGAGCAACAACAAGAUCAGCUCCUUAAGCAAUUCAUCCUUCACCAACAUGAGCCAGCUGACCACACUGAUCCUCAGCUACAAUGCCCUUCAGUGCAUCCCUCCUCUAGCCUUCCAGGGGCUCCGUUCCCUGCGCCUGCUGUCUUUGCAUGGCAAUGAUGUCUCCACCCUCCAAGAGGGCAUCUUUGCAGACGUGACGUCUCUGUCUCACUUGGCCAUUGGUGCCAACCCCUUGUACUGCGACUGCCAUCUCCGAUGGCUCUCCAGCUGGGUGAAGACUGGCUACAAGGAACCCGGCAUUGCCCGCUGUGCUGGACCCCCAGACAUGGAGGGCAAACUUCUGCUUACCACUCCUGCCAAAAAGUUUGAAUGCCAAGGUCCCCCCAGUCUGGCAGUCCAGGCCAAGUGUGAGCCCUGCUUGUCCAGCCCAUGCCAGAAUCAGGGCACCUGCCACAAUGACCCUCUUGAAGUAUACAGGUGUACCUGUCCCAGUGGCUACAAGGGCCGAGACUGUGAAGUGUCCCUGGACAGCUGUUCCAGCAACCCAUGUGGAAAUGGGGGAACCUGCCAUACUCAUGAGGGCGAGGAUGCUGGCUUCACGUGUUCCUGUCCCGCCGGCUUUGAAGGGCCAACCUGUGGAGUGAACACAGAUGACUGUGUGAAGCAUGCCUGUGUCAACGGGGGUGUCUGUGUGGAUGGUGUGGGCAAUUACACCUGCCAGUGCCCCCUGCAGUAUACAGGAAGGGCCUGUGAGCAGCUGGUGGACUUCUGCUCCCCGGAUCUGAACCCAUGUCAGCAUGAGGCCCAGUGUGUGGGCACCCCGGAUGGGCCCAGGUGUGAGUGUGUGCCAGGUUAUACAGGUACCAACUGCAGCGAAAAUCAGGAUGACUGCGAAGGUCACCGCUGUCAGAACGGGGCCCAGUGUGUGGAUGAAGUCAACAGCUACGCCUGCCGCUGUGCCAAGGGCUACAGUGGACAGCUCUGUGAGAUUCCACCUGCCCCCAGGAGCCCCUGUGAGGGGACUGAGUGCCAGAACGGAGCCAACUGUGUAGACCAGGGCAGCCGGCCUGUAUGCCAGUGCCUGCCAGGCUUCGGCGGCCCUGAAUGUGAGAAAUUGCUCAGUGUCAACUUUGUGGACCGUGACACCUACCUGCAGUUCACCGACCUACAGAACUGGCCUCGGGCCAACAUCACUCUCCAGGUAUCCACAGCAGAGGACAAUGGGAUCCUCCUGUACAAUGGGGAUAAUGACCACAUCGCAGUCGAGCUGUACCAGGGCCAUGUCCGUGUUAGCUAUGACCCAGGCAGCUACCCCAGCUCUGCUAUCUACAGUGCCGAGACCAUCAACGACGGGCAGUUCCACACCGUUGAGCUGGUCACCUUUGACCAGAUGGUGAACCUCUCCAUCGAUGGCGGCAGCCCCAUGACCAUGGACAACUUUGGCAAGCACUACACGCUCAACAGCGAGGCCCCCCUCUAUGUGGGAGGGAUGCCCGUGGAUGUGAACUCAGCUGCCUUCCGCCUGUGGCAGAUCCUCAAUGGCACCAGCUUCCACGGCUGCAUCCGGAAUCUGUACAUCAACAAUGAACUGCAGGACUUCACGAAGACACAGAUGAAGCCGGGUGUGGUACCGGGCUGUGAGCCCUGCCGAAAGCUCUACUGUCUACACGGCAUCUGCCAGCCCAAUGCCACCCCAGGGCCCGUGUGCCACUGUGAGGCUGGCUGGGGGGGCCUGCACUGUGACCAGCCAGUGGAUGGCCCCUGCCAUGGCCACAAAUGUGUCCAUGGGAAAUGCGUGCCCCUUGAUGCUCUUGCCUACAGCUGCCAGUGCCAGGAUGGGUACUCAGGGGCUCUGUGCAACCAGGUCGGGGCUGUGGCAGAGCCCUGUGGGGGCUUGCAGUGCCUGCAUGGCCACUGCCAGGCCUCAGCCACCAAAGGGGCACACUGUGUGUGCAACCCAGGCUUUUCAGGCGAGCUGUGUGAGCAAGAGUCCGAGUGCCAGGGGGACCCUGUCCGGGACUUUCACCGGGUCCAGAGGGGCUAUGCCAUCUGCCAGACCACGCGCCCGCUGUCGUGGGUGGAGUGCCGGGGCGCGUGCCCGGGCCAAGGCUGCUGCCAGGGCCUACGGCUGAAGCGGAGGAAGCUCGCGUUCCAGUGCAGCGACGGGACUUCAUUUGCUGAAGAGGUGGAGAAGCCCACGAAGUGCGGCUGUGCCCAGUGUGCAUAAUGCGCAGGUGGUGCACUAGCAGCUGUGCUGAGGUGCGGGCAUCAGCAGGAUGGUCCUGGAGGGCGUGGGGACACUGAGCUGCCUUUCCAGCGGACUGCACUGCCGGCCGGGGUAGAGGAGCAAGCAAGGCCUGGACUGCCGCGCCCUCUCCCAAAGUGCCUUGCACAGAUAGGCGCUUAAUAAAUAUUUGUUGAAUGAAUGUGUGUGUGAGGUCAGGCCAUGAACGGUGGCAGGACGGUGGCACUCCUCUGCCUGCUACCUGGGACAGAAAAAGGAGGCUUAACCCUGUCUCUACUGCUUCUCCCUUGGCCUGUGACCCUGGCUGGCCUGAAAGAGUUAAUGUCCCAGUAGCCUCUGGCCCUUUGGAGGACAACCACCUGCCGGGGUACUGGCCUGGAGUCUGCUGCCACAUCUACCAGCAGCAGGCCACACUCCAGGAGAAGACCUCCUGCCAUGGGGAAGGAACUGACCCUUUUUCCUUGAGUCACUAGCCCAUUGCCUCCACAGCUUGGGAAGAGGUUGGGGUGGGGUGGGGUUUGUGUAGGACCAGGCCUCUGAAUCCUGAAAUACAGGAUGACCAUGGAAGCUUCUGUGAGGGGGUUCUUAUGCUUGGGGUGGCAGACCCUACCAAAGAGGGCAUGGGGUUCUUGGCUCCAGCUGAAUAGACAUUACUGGCUACAAAAGGGGCAUUGGGCCCCGGUUUCCCUAGCCAAAAGCUGCUGGUGCCUCUGGCAGAGGAGGAAUGGGUUGUGAGGAGCAGCUGGGUGAGGCCAGGAACUCCUCAACUGGAGGCCUGGCUUGGAGCCUUGUACUGAGACCAUAUGGAACAGGAGGAGGUCAGAUGACCGGACACUAAAGAGUCUCUGCCCUGUGGCUCUGGGCAGACUUCUGUCCAUUCUAGGCCUUAGGUCUGCAGCAGCAGGGAGGUAGCUAGGAACCAUGUAGACACUGCCUCUCUGGUCUCAGGAGAGAGGCCUGAGGAGUUAGAAGAUUCAUUUCCAUUAACUUCAUUAGCAGGUAUUUAUGUACCCAAUCUGGAGUGGUUUCUGUGGGUGUGCAGCCUUGAUGUGAACUAAUUCCUAAGCACCACCGAGUGCCCAGAUCAGCCCAGGCUGCAGCUCCUCACUCUAGGAGUUUGCAGGGAAGGCUGUUGGAAGCCACCGGAUACACAGCAGAACGACACACAGGCUUCUUCUCUUCCGUGUAGAGUGGAGUGUAGAAAGAAGAGGUCUGAGCCUCACAGGGAGCUGCUGAAGGGAGAAAGGGUUGUAUGUUCUCACUUCUCCCUGAGUGGGUGUAGCCCUGGCCUGUGUGGGGGCGUGUUUCUUUUUGGGCCAGAGGUGUGAGCAUGUCCCUCUCUUGGCUGCUUCCAUCUGGCAGCGUAGGUACAGAGCAUGGAAAGGCCUUAUACCUGAGCCCCCACCCAUACGGACACUACGCGGAGCCGUCAGUGCUGGUGAGGACACAAGCCUCCUGUGACUUUAGAACUUAGUACCUCCUAUCGUAAUGGCUCUCAGACUAGUGAGACUCUGGGAUGGAAAGAGAGCCCUGCCCUGACCAACUGGUCAAUGUCCUCAUGACUGGGUACACCCUUUGCUGGGGAGGUGGGGGGGGGCAGGCUCCAUUUUCUUAAGCCCUGAGCAAGGCCAUGGUGCACAGAACUGCUACACCCCAAGAGGGCCGCGGCCCAGGCUUCUAGGGGAUUUACCCAACUCUGCCCAGUGUCUUUCUCUUACUCCAAGCUUCCAGGCCACUGUGGGAUCCUGGCAAGCAGCUACACCAGGUUGCAUAGGGAAGAACUUAGGCAUUUGGCAUCAUGCUCCUUUCUAGAAAUAGAGGUGUUCUGGCCUCCUCAGCCCUGUGGAAGCUACCAUCUCCAGCCACCCUCACUGGAAAAGCCGAUUCCUGGGCUUGAGAGGCAUGGACCAGCAGGUUUGCUCAGACUGCUGCAGGUGAAGCGCCUGCAGCCAGGUGAUGCUGCCUCUCCCCAAGGCCCUGGGGUGAGAAGUGAGAGGCUGAUGCAAUGGUUCCAAGAUCCUUGUGAACAUUAAAGGCCCUUCCACACCCCUGCACUCCCCCAGUCUUCUAUUGAAUCUGAGGAUCAAGACUCACUGCAAAGUGAGGGCACCAAGGGCAAGAGAGCCAUGAACCCCAGGCUCAACUUUACCUUUGACUCAGUCACUUCCUUGGAAGCCAAGGGCCUGGUCUAUCAUCCCCAUCCCGUUCACAACUGGGCUUUUAAGGUUGGGUAAGAAGGCAACUUUGAGAAAUCAUCUCCACAUUGUGUUCCCUUUGGUAAAGACCUUCAGUUUGCUUUGUGGUCACUGGCUAUUUCCAUUAGACGUGCACAGAAGAGGCCCAGCAGGGGGAGUCCUCCAGGAGCUGGUAUUUGGGCAGCCCUGCUCAGGGCCCUGUGAUGAUGUUAAGAAAUGGCAAAGACCAGCUUUGUUUCCUCUUUGCCUGCUGUUAGCCUAACCAUGAAAGUAUUUCUUUAUACAGAAUACUUACAGAUUCUAAUAUAUAUUUGUAUUUCAUUUUGUUAUAGUAUUUUUAUAUGUUAAAGUCAACCUCCAGUGUCUUUUGAUUUUCAGAUGCUAUGUGGUUGUGACCUUUUGUUUGGGGUUUCUGUAGUCUUGUUUUGGGUCAACUCUUAGAAACUGGCUUAAAACAGUCCCUGAGGGGGCUGUACCCGCCCUUUCCCCGGAAGUAUUGUUUUAGAAUAUGUCAGUAUUGUCUGUUGUCUUCCAUGUGAACAUGACAUUGAUUCACUCA